CUGGGAAGAGAAAGCCGGACAGACCUUGUUAGAACUUCGAAAGUUAGAUGAGAGUGAAAAGCGAGGAAGGGGAGUGAUAUAUAAUUAUAUAUGGUUACAAAAGCGGGUCAAUCCAAUCAAAUCUAAUCUAAUUCAAUCCAAAUCCUCAUCAUCAUCCCUUUCUCUACUGUUGUCACGGCUGCGACUAUGUACGAAUCCAAUUUGAUAUACAGAUAGUGACUCUCGCCACAGGUUCAUUCCUAACCACCGCCGAUCGCCGAGGAUAUCCGUUCUAGACGACCUCCGGGGAAUUCGAUGAUGGGCGAGCACGCUCAGACUGUGCCUAAGCUGCAGCCCGAUAAUGAAAGUGCUACGGCCACCUCCAACGCCGCCGACACGACUGCCAUCCAAAUGGUUUCGACAUCUACCGAAUUAGCGACCAUUGCUCCUCCUGAAAAUCAAUCUUCUGCUUCAAACAUUCCUUUUCGUCCAAGAAAGAUCCGAAAAAUUUCUCCAGAUAACACCGAAUCGAAACCCGCCGGAGAUUCCAAGACUGCCGGGAAAGGUGCCAAGAACAAGCUUGUUCCUCAACGAGUUCCGGCGGUACCGAACAUGGUGGCGAGGGCGCUAUCUUGCGAAGGCGAGAUCGAAAUCGCGCUCCGACAUCUUCGAAACGCGGAUCCGCACCUGGCUCCGUUAAUUGAUCUCCACCCGCCUCCAACAUUCGACUCUUUCCACACCCCGUUUCUUGCCCUAACAAAGAGCAUUCUCUAUCAGCAGCUCGCCUACAAGGCCGGCACCUCGAUCUACACUCGAUUCGUUGGUCUCUGUGGCGGCGAAGCUGGAGUAUUGCCGGAAACCGUUCUUGCCCUAACCCCUCAUCAGCUUCGGCAAAUCGGAGUAUCGGGGCGUAAGGCUAGUUACCUACAUGACCUUGCGAGGAAAUACCAAAAUGGCAUCUUGUCCGAUACAGGGAUUAUUACAAUGGAUGAUAAGUCCCUUUUCACAAUGCUCACGAUGGUUAAUGGCAUUGGGUCUUGGUCUGUUCAUAUGUUCAUGAUUUUCUCACUCCAUAGACCGGAUGUUCUUCCUGUAAACGAUCUUGGUGUCCGCAAAGGGGUGCAGCUCCUUUAUGGCCUUGAAGAGUUGCCUAGGCCGUCCCAGAUGGAACAGUUGUGCGAGAAGUGGAGGCCGUAUAGGUCAGUAGCAUCCUGGUAUAUCUGGAGGUUUGUUGAAGGCAAGGGAGCUCCUUCUAGCGCGGCGGCUGUUGCUGGGGGUCCUAGUCUGCAGCAGCAGCAGCAGCAGCAAGAGCAGCAACAGCAACAUCAGCAGCAACAACAUCAGCAGCAGUUUCUCGAUCCAAUCAAUGGCAUUCUAAACCUCGGGGCCUGUGCUUGGGGACAAUGACCGGGAUUUGAAGUGAGAAGUUCAUCUAUAGUUAAUGGUCAUUGAUUCAUCAGCAUGAAGAGUAUUAAUUCAAAGCAACUCAAGGAAUGGGAGAUUUGGUGCACUUGACUUGGUAAUUUUAGGCAUUUAGUGAUGAAUAUUAUAUCUUAGUAAAUCUGCUUUGAGAUUAUAUAGACCAUCUUUGCUCGAGCUUGUUAUCUAUGCUUGAGUUAUGUUCUGUAAGUCAAAUGUCUAGCCAGAAGAGGACUACUGUCUCUCUGGGAUUAUUUUUCAACAUUAAUAUUUGAUUAGAUUUAUCUUUUUAUGUGGUUUGGCUUGCUGGAAAUUCAGAUUUUAAAUUUCUGAA